CGCCGCCCGCAGCAGCAACAGCACCAGCACCACCCGGCGCGACCAGCAGCGGGCGCGGGACGACGCGCAGUACACCUUCCACACGGUGCGGCCGCUCCCGUACCUGCCGCGCCCGGAGCGCAGCCGUGCGUUCCUGGAGCGGCUCAAGGCGGACCCGGGGAUCCGGGCGGCGAUGCGCAAGCACCAGUUCAGCGUGGGCCUCUUGACGGAGAUGGACCCGGCGGCGCACACGUCGUCGAGCCACGAGGGCACGUCGCGCACGCUGGGCCUGAACCGGAACCGCGGCGAGGUGGUCGAGCUGCGCCUGCGCACCGACGCCUACGACGGCUACCGCGACUACCGCACCAUCCGCCGCACCCUGUGCCACGAGCUCGCGCACAACGUCCACGGGCCCCACGACAGGGCCUUCUGGGACCUGUGCCACCAGAUCGAGCGCGAGGUCGAUGCGGCCGACUGGACGAGCGGCGGCCACACCGUCGGCCAGGACGAGUUUGCGCCCGAGAGGGGCGUCGAGGAGGACGAGGUUAUGGACCAUGGGGGGUGGGCUGGCGGGGAGUUCGUCCUCGGCGGCGGCGGCGGCAGCAGCAGCAGCGGUAGUGGUGGUGGUAGGAGUAACGGCGGGGCCGAGCCGUUGAGCCGCAGGGAGAUACUGGCUCGGGCGGCGGAGGAGAGGAUCAGGAAUCUGGAGAAGGCCAAUCGGUCAGACGAAGGGGGAGGCAGUGGUGAGACACAUGAGGGAAGCCAGUCAUGAUAGAAGUCUGUCUAUUGUGAUAUAUGAUUUGGAUACGGCGUAAUUCUGGUACAUCAUGGCAUGAUAGCUUGUACUUAUAUCACACACGAGUUAGAAAUACCCUCUUCACUGCUCAGGAUCUAAGCCGCGGAAAGGAGGUUAUAAUUCCGACCGGAAGUGACUUCCAUGUCAAUGUAAUAACAAAAGACAGCCCGAAGGGCUAGGUAUAUUACGGGAUAUCUGAGGGCUUGUAAGCUCGCUG